AAAACAAUAAAAAUAAUGCCCCUAUUGCGGUUUUCAACCCGACUUGGUCGAAUUGAAGUUAAGGCAACUCAACUUCAGAUCUACCAAACUCUUUUUCGGUAUUGCGAACUUCAACUAAGUUCAGUCGAAGUAUGAUUGGCGUUGCCAACCUAAGAAAGAGAAAUUUGACAGAUAGUGAAACAGCUAAAAUUUUGUAAACGACAUAUUUAAACAAUUGAAUUCAGUUGUCGCUCGCGAAAAAGUGAAUAAACAUAUAUAAUAAACAAUAAAUAAAAAAUGGAUAUAAGUUUUGAUUUAUAUUACAAUGACGAAAAUACUGCAAAUUGCAGGCAAAAUUGAUGUGCUACGUAUACGAAAAAGCCUUCCAUUGGAGCUUCCAAAUGCAAAGUAAGCCAUAGUUUUUUUACAAUUGAAUUGCUUUUUAAUAAUAUUUGUUGCAGAUUCAUAAGUUAUUUUCGAUUAAAUAAAGAAGCAUUUUGUUUUCUACUGAAUGAGAUACAGGAACAUUUCCACAAACGUGUGCGAGGAACGGCCGUAUCUCCUAUAUUAAAAUUAUGCGCAACUCUGCGUUUCCUUGCUGACGGUGGUUAUCAAAAAUGCAGUGGAAAUGAUUUUAACAUUUUGUUGGCGCAACCUGCGAUAUCUUUAGUAAUUAAAGAGGUUCUAAAUGUAAUUGAACAACGUAUUUGUGACCAAUGGAUUAAAAUUCAAAUGACUGAACUAUAAAAUCUGAAUUAUAUUAGAAACAAAAUGGUAUAAUUUCUUAAAAUUUUUAGCUUUGUGAUUAUAAAAUGUCUAUUCGGUAUGUGGAUGCUAGGCAUGCAGGCGCAAAUCAUGACUCUUUUGUUUUCAAUGUUAGCGAUUUGAAAGUGCAUUUACAGAACAACAUACAGAAUAACACUAGGCUCUUGGGCGACGCUGGCUAUCCUCUGCACAAAUUUUUAAUGACGCCUUAUCGCUUGGCGGAAGCUUCUUUACCCCAAGCACGCUACAAUACAGUACACUCAAAGGCCCGGAAUAUUGUAGAGCGGACAAUUGGUGUACUCAAGAGUAAAUUUCGAUGUCUUUUAUCUGUACGAGGUUUACAUUACACUCCCGAAAAGGCUACGCAAAUUGUGAAUGCUUGUUGCGCAUUGCACAAUAUUUGCCAACACUUUCAAAUGGAAUCUCCGGAAGAAAUACCAUCUACUUCAAAUACUACAAUGACCAAUGAUGUUUUGGACAUAGAAAGAGAAGAAGAGGAUACGGCUCGAAUAAUUCGCAAUAAUAUUAUGACUUCCCUCUAAAUAAUUAAAAUAUUAAAUUUCAUUUAUUCUUUCUAAUGUGCUAUUUAUUCAGGCAUAUAUUUAAAUUUUAUUUAAAUAAAUUCAUUAAAUAACAA